UUUCUUUUCUCUCUCUCUCCCACUUCACACGAGACAACCUCAACCUCGGUAAGAGAGAGAGAGAGAACUCAAAGAAAAGAACCUGUUCUUCUACAUAACGCUGUUUGGUUCAUCAAAAUCAACCCUUUUCAUCGAUCCAUGAUUAUUACCAUCUUCCUUCUCUUAUUUUCCUUUUCUUCUUCUUCUUUUUCUUCCCUCUCAUAAACUUUUUACCGGGAAAGUAAGAGAGAGAAAAUUAGAAGAUUCAAAAGAAAGGAAAAGAGAGAGAGAAAUACCCAGAUAAUUAAAACUUCGAAAUUUUGGAUUUUGAUAACUGGGUAUUUCUUUCUUUUGAAUUUGGUUUUGUUAAUUUUGAGAUGGAGUUGGAUAGCAUUGAGUGUGUGUCAUCUUCUGAUGGAAUGGAUGAAGAUGAGAUCCAACAUCGUAUUCUUCAUCCUCAUCCACAUCAUAAUCAUCACUCUGAGUUUUCUUCAAUGAAACCUCGUAAUGGAAAUAACAAUCAUGUUGUUAUUGGUUCUACAACUAUUGCUCCUGCAACAAGCGUUCAUGAGUUGUUGGAAUGUCCUGUUUGUACCAAUUCAAUGUAUCCUCCAAUUCAUCAGUGCCACAAUGGACACACAUUGUGUUCCACAUGUAAAACAAGGGUGCACAAUCGAUGUCCGACUUGUAGACAAGAGCUAGGAGAUAUUAGGUGUUUGGCAUUGGAGAAGGUUGCAGAAUCACUUGAGUUACCUUGCAAGUACUUCUCUCUUGGAUGUCCAGAAAUCUUUCCAUACUACAGCAAGCUUAAGCAUGAGACAGUAUGCAAUUUUAGACCAUACACUUGUCCUUACGCUGGAUCAGAGUGCUCCGCCGUUGGAGAUAUUCCCUUCCUUGUUGCACAUUUGAGGGACGAUCAUAAGGUGGAUAUGCAUACCGGAUGCACAUUCAACCACCGUUAUGUGAAGUCGAAUCCCCGUGAAGUAGAGAAUGCAACUUGGAUGCUCACUGUAUUUCAUUGUUUCGGCCAAUACUUCUGCCUUCACUUUGAAGCUUUCCAGCUCGGCAUGGCUCCAGUUUACAUGGCAUUCCUUCGUUUCAUGGGAGAUGAGAACGAGGCUCGGAACUAUACCUAUAGCCUUGAGGUUGGUGCAAAUGGCAGAAAACUCAUUUGGGAGGGUACACCACGGAGUAUCCGUGACAGCCACCGUAAAGUUCGAGAUAGCCACGACGGUCUCAUAAUUCAACGAAACAUGGCCCUAUUUUUCUCAGGUGGCGAUAGGAAGGAAUUGAAACUAAGAGUCACAGGAAGAAUAUGGAAAGAACAACAGAAUCCAGAUGGGGGUGUGUAUACCAAAUCUUUGCAGCUGAUCAUGUGGUUUUUAUUGUCUGUUUGUGUGUGUUGGGACACUGCAGGUGAUGUAUAUCUAUACACUAUACCAACCUUUCUGUAUGUUGUUGUAGUAGAGUAACCAAGAUGUGUAAUUUUUCACUUUUCUCAAGAUGUGCAACUUUCUGGAUGUUGAAAUUUUCAGUUUUCUCAAGUUGUGUAAUAAACAAGAUUUGGAACUGGGAUUUUUCUUGAAUUUUAUGGGAUUAAUUAAAGAGGUUUCUGUUAUAGAA